AUGCGCGGAGCCUCCGAGGGCGGCAUGCGAGCUGGAGUCCCUGUGGGCGGUAUCCGCAUCAGCCGGGAGGCGGGAACCAACGUGCUGACAAUGGAGGACUACCUGCCAGCCGGCGCGGCCUUCACCUGCAAGUACCUUCCCGCCCGCAAGGUGGCCCUGACGGAUGCGGGCGCCCGGCAGCGCCCCGACCAGCGCACCGCCUACCUCUUCCUGCCGGGAGGCCUGGGCACUAUGGAUGAGCUCUUCUCCAUCCUCACCCUGCUUCAGCUGGGCAAGCUGGGCACCGCACUGCCGGUCCCGCUGGUCAUUGUCAACUGGAACGGAUUCUACGAUGGACUUCUGCAGCUCUUGAGGGAGUUUGACCAAACGGGUGCACUCAAGGCCUCUGAGGUACGGCAAGUAAUGGUUGCUCGUACCAACGACGAGGUGCUGGAGUACCUGGCAUCCUUUUACGAGCUGCCCGCUCCGGAA